GGAAGGCGCCCGCCCCGCACUUCGCCGCUCUCCGCCAGGAAUCGCCCGCAACACCCGCCGCGACACCCACACCGGCCGCGCCAUGGCGCUCGCAAGGCAAGUGCUUUGUGUGUCUGCUUUCCUGUGGCUGCCGCUCGCUCGCGCCGAGCCCAUCCGCUACUCCGUAGCCGAGGAGGCGGAAAGCGGCUCCGUGGUGGGCGAGCUGGCGGAGGAUGCGGGGCUGACGCCGGCGCAGCUCUCGGCUCGCCGCGCCCGCCUGGUCUCGGAGGACGGCCGGCAGCAUUUUCGCUUAGAGCGCGCCUCGGGCCGCCUCGUCGUGGCGGGCAGGCUGGACAGGGAGCAGCUGUGCGCCCAGUCGGCCGCCUGCAUGCUCCCCUUCGAGCUGCUCCUCUCCAACCCCCUCCAGUUCUUUCGGGUCGAGGUGACUCUCGAGGAUAUCAAUGACCAUUCCCCUGUUUUCCCUGAUGAACGAGUGACUUUUAAGGUUCCAGAAACUAGUGAGCCAGGCUCUAGUUUCCCACUGGAGGGUGCUCAGGACCUCGAUAUUGGCAGCAACACAGUUCAGGAGUACAGCAUCUCCCCCGAGAACGACUACUUUACUGCAUCCUAUGGGACUGGGAUUUCAGGCAAGAAGUAUGUUGAACUAGUCCUGGAAAAGCCACUUGACAGAGAGGAACAGGCAGAGAUGAGUUUCAGUGUUAUUGCCGUGGAUGGGGGCUCUCCUCCCAGGAGUGGCACUGCAGAAGUGAAAAUCGUCAUUCUGGAUGCAAAUGACAAUGCUCCCAAAUUCACACAGGACGAGUACAUGGCAAAGAUUUUAGAAAACAUUCCAGAAAACUCUGUGGUUUUGACUGUUACAGCAACUGAUCCGGAUGAAAGAGUUAAUGGGGACAUCUCCUAUCAAUUCAGCAAGACACUGGGUCAGAGUGACUCAACAUUUGUGAUUGAUCCUAGAACUGGUGAAAUUAAACUUACAAAACCUCUGGACUUCGAGGAUUCAGACCAUCAUGAACUCCAUGUAAGGGCUACAGAUGGAGGGGGCCUCUCAGCAAUCUGCAAGGUGUUGGUGGAGGUGGUGGAUGUGAAUGACAAUGCCCCAGAGCUGGUGGUCAGUUCCUUCAGCAGUCCCCUCCCCGAGAACACGGUGCCCAGCACGGUGGUUGCCCUGUUCACGGUCAGGGACCGGGAUUCUGGUGCCAACGGGAAGAUCUCCUGUGCCCUGGAGGAUCAGCUCUUCUUCUCCCUGCGGCCAGCCUAUAAGAAUUACUAUGAGCUGGUGACAGUGAGCGCGCUGGACCGCGAGGAGACGCCUCAGUACGUGCUCAGGGUGACGGCAGCAGAUGCGGGCUCGCCUCCUCUCACAAGCACGCACACCUUCACCGUGGACAUCUCGGACGUCAAUGACAAUGCGCCCGUCUUCAACCAGACCUCCUACACCAUGUACGUGCGUGAGAACAAUGUCGGCACGGUGUUUGUAGGAGCCGUGAGCGCUGCAGAUGCUGACGUGGGGCUGAAUGCCAAGGUGAGCUAUUCGCUGGCACCAGAGCAAGGGCCAGAGCGGGCCCGGUGCUCCUGCAUCUCGGUGAACUCGGAGAACGGGCACGUGUUUGUGCUGCGGCCCCUGGACUACGAGCACUUGAGGCAGAGCGAGGUGACGGUCAGUGCCUCUGACGCGGGCUCUCCUCCGCUCAGAGCCAACGUCACCGUCCACCUUGUGGUGCUGGACGAGAACGACAACGCACCGCUCGUGCUCUACCCGGCCCAGGAGAGCAGCCCAGCCUCCAGCGAGCUGGUGCCCGUGUCGGCCGAGGCGGGCUACCUCAUCAGCAAAGUGGUGGCCAUCGAUGCCGACUCGGGACAGAACUCCUGGCUCUCCUACCACCUGCUGAGGGCCACCGACCCGGGGCUCUUCUCCGUGGGCCUGCAGAGCGGCGAGGUGCGUCUGAGGAGGCCGGUGACAGAGAGAGACAGUGUCAAGCAGAAGAUCCUUGUGCUGGUCAGAGACAACGGCCAGCCCCCGCUCUCAGCCACGGCAGCUCUGAGUGCUCUCCUGCUCAAGGACUUCUCCGAUGUGCGCCUCCCGCACGCCAGCCCAGCCACCGAGGAUCAGGACGCCUCCCUGACCACCUACUUAAUCCUUGCCUUGGUCUUUGUCUCCCUUCUCUUCCUCAUCUCCACCGCGGUCCUGCUGGCUCGCAAGGUGUGCAGGAGGAAGGAGCUGAAGGCCGGCCAUGUGCUCUAUGCUGCCGACACCUUGCAGAGCGGCCUGGCCAAUGCAGCCGCCGCAGGGACCCUGCCCCGCCCCUAUUGCUACGAGAUCAGCCUGACAACGGGCUCGGGCAACAGCGAGUUCAGAUUCCUCAAGCCCAUCCUGCCCAGCCUGCCCCCACAGCACUGCGCCGAGGGCCAGGGCCCCGAUGAGGAACAGGAUUUCCCCGCUGUCCCUGUCAGCACCGAGGACAUGGCCCCAGACAAUGCUGGCACUCUCUCUGCAGGACAGUUCAAUGCUCUUUCCUUCAACUAGCUGUGGUCUGCACAGAUAGAGGGUUCAUGGCCCUUGGGAAGAAGUGCACGAGGCUGCAGCACGUGGCACUUGUUUCUCUAGAAUUUAUCUGAGUUUGCCUUUGGAGCUACCAACUUUCUCAAAACUCUUUUCAGCAUAAACACAAUCUGCCUCUCCAAAAAACAUCGGUGGAAGUACAAGACACCAAGGUUCACUAACUUUUUUAAAUGAAUUUGUUUCAGCUUUUUAACUCCCCUUUCUAACAGGCUUCAUGUGUGCAGUUAGUACUCACAGCUGUGUUCUUCUUUCUCUUGCUGUCUGACAAGUCAGUGGACCUUUUUAUUGUGACCUAUAAAUAAUAUCACUGUUGGCCAAACUAGUCAUAUCCUCACUGAAACUCAAAAAAGUCUUUUUUUGUACUUCAGGAAUCAAGGAACUUGUUAGUUUUGAGUUACAACAUCACGUGAGCCCUAGGCCCUUUCUUCCCUGGAUUCUCAAUGUCUCUGUCUGAGAUUUGGGCUCUCUGCGCUUUAAUUGUUCUCACUACAACAAAAAAGACAAGAUUUCUUGCUCAUUCAGACACUGGAUGCCAGCUUCAGCAGUGCUGCCUGGUGAAGCAGGGAGUUGCUUCCACCCUGCCACUGCUACAUAGGCAGUGCCAGCUGAGCAGGGACGGAGCCGAUUUGAACAAUUUCACAACAGCAGUCUCAUCUUCCUUAUCUAGCUCAGAGUAGAGCUAGAAAAUGCAGAGCAAAACUUUCCUUUGGCUUACAAGAAGGGCUUCGUUGUUCUGUCACCUCAGGAUUGCCUUGGAAAUACAGCAGCACAAACAGUGGUAGGAUGUAACUGUAACAGACUGUAACUGAACAAAACUGGAGGAACGUGUUCAUUGUUUUGGCCACAUUGAAGGAAAACUCCACAAAUACUAAAAGGCAAUUAUUGGAAGAUAGAGACAAGAAGAACUUUAAAAAAAAAGACGUUGAGUUUGUUCUUUUCAUUUGUGUUCAUGAAUCACAAGGUUUCUUGAAGGGAGCAGAAAGAUGUUCCUACAUGAUUAUCUGUGUUUUUCUCAAAGCAUUUGCAUUCUCAUGUUUGCCCUUUCUCCUCUGAAAUGUACUGAGCUCUGUACUGAUCCCAUUCCCCUAGAGAAAGACUGCCACCCCACCUAGAAUAACUGGUUGUUUGAAUGAUGUCUGUGAUGCAUGGAAUACUCAGAAAGCAUCCCUCACGCUAUGAUGUGCUGAAGUCAUGCAGGUUAUAAUAUUAUGAAUUGUUAUAAUUGUUGGAUUAAAAAGUGAAAAAAUGUGUGAAACUAAAAUAAAGAGUACACCAUGACUACUUAA